AUGGCCCGCCCAAAGACAUUGCAUGGUGGUGAAAGAACUGAGAGGAUGGUUGACGAAAGGUCGCCGCUCUUGUCAAAUACUCGACGGGAUUCGAGUUCGUCAGGUGAGAGCUCCUUGACUUCUUCGUCUUCUAGCGGAGACUCGGACGGCCAAUUCCUUCCAUGGCAUCUCACACGGUCGUCAGAAGUUGUCGAUUCGAGCGUCGAUGUCGAACGAGUAGCACCCGUUACUGCUGCCAGCGAUGAUGUCAAGCCGCGAGCCACAGGAACUUCGACUUGGGCAGUGGUCAAGAUCGUGUCUAUCUUGUUGGUUGGAACCUUCACUGCUAAUGCCGACGGUUCUCUGGUGAUGGCAACGCACCCGACGAUUGCGUCCGAAUUUGACGAUCUGGAGAAUUCUAGCUGGCUCUUUGUGUCUUUUGCAUUGGCAGGAGCGGCCACCCAGACUUUGUAUGGCAAGCUCAGCGACAUUUACGGGCGCCGUGCUCUUCUCAUGGUGGCUUAUACCCUGUUUUCUAUUGGAUGCGCAAUGGUAGGCGUUGGCCGCACAAUGUGGCAGGUUGUGCUAGGCCGUGUUAUUUCAGGAUCUGGUGGCUCGGCAUUGAACGUACUUGGGCUGCUUUUGGUGACAGAUCUCGUUCCGCUCCGUGAAGUGGCUGCUUGGCAGGCAGGUAUCAACCUAGCCGCAACAGUAGGACGAAGCCUUGGUGGACCUGUGGGAGGUUGGUUAGCCGACACCAUUGGAUGGCGAUGGUCUUUCCUCGGCCAGGCUCCCAUCUUCUUAGUUGCCGUCUUGCUGUGCUGGUUCUUCCUGCCAAGAGGCAAACAGCUUGGAAGGGGACAGGAAGACGCGGAAGCAAGCGGCAAGCCUGUCGACGGCAACAAGAGCUCCUUGGCGAGGAUCGACUUCCUAGGCGCUGCAUUAUUGGCACUCUUCAUCUUGACCUUUCUGCUCCCGAUCGAGAUCGGAGGCACCAAGAUACCGUGGAGCCAUCCACUUAUCUUUGUGCUUUUUGGCGUAGCAGCCGUGUUUGGUGGUCUUUUUGCCGCCGUCGAAGAGUGGUGGGCCAAGGAGCCAAUCUUUCCUCUAGAACUGCUGAAGCAUCGCGAUAUCGUCUUGACGUACGUCAUUAGCGGCGGGCAGGUUGCAGCUCAACUCGGUCUCAUGUUCUCGGUUCCGCUCUAUUUCCAGGUGACACAGCGAGUGUCCAAUACUGUUGCUGGAAUACAUCUCUUCCCCGCUGUCUUUGGAAAUGCCAUCGGCGGCGUCCUUGCUGGAUAUCUGAUCAGAAAAACUGGUCGUUACAAAUCUCUGUUGAUCAUUGCGACGAUCGCAUCAAUGUUCUCCUACGUGCUUUUGCUACUUCGGUGGCAUGGGGAUACCAAUGCAUGGGAAUCGCUUUACAUCGUGCCUGGUGGGUUUGGGGCAGGCUUGGUACAGUCGGCGGGAUUCAUCAGCAUUCAAGCUGCAGCAAACCCCAAGCACAAGGCCGCAGUGACGUCGGGAAUGUUCUUGACGUUCCAAAUCGGCAUGAUUCUUGGCCUGUCAUGUGUGAGCGCCGUCAUGAUGGAGACGAUGAGAUGGCGGCUAGAUGCACUGCUGGAAGGCAUGGACCUCAGCGCAGUGGUGCGAAAGCAGAUUAUCGCAAAAGCAACGUCAAGCGUCGACUAUAUCGAUCAUGCGGAUAAACAAGUUUCAGCAGCAAUAGUUCAGGCGUACGUCGAGGGUUUAGGCUUCAGCCAUGGCUUUUCACUCAUAUCAUCAGCGCUGGCAUUGAUCGCGGCUGUUUUUGUUAGAGAGCACAAGUUGUGA